UAAUGCAUACCUUAACCAGCAGUGAUUCUGCCCAAUAUCACUAGGUCUGCGCACGAGCGUGUCUCAGAAAAAACCGUGCAAGCUUGACCACGCGCCAGGGUUAGAAAUGAGAUUGGCGUCAGUCAUACUGCUACUCUUUAGCUCCUUAUGGGUAUCCAAUGCAGCUUCCUGGUCAGAAUCGUUUCCUUACCUGUCUUGCUAUGCUAAUAGCAAGUGCAGAUACCUCGUAUCGCCUGUGGUGACGAACCCGGCGCCGAACACCUACUGCUUCGUGGUGUCAGCUGGCGACUGCCGGGACAUGUCGAACACGUGCUGCUCAAAGGGAGACAUCGCACAGUUUGCUCUUAAUGCGAGUUCUUCCUGUGACGGUGCCUCAAUUACCGCGACGUUGGACACCAUCCCCAUCUCCAACGUCAACAUCGUUCGCCCACCCAAGGCCGCCAGCAACUCCAGUCGUCUGCUCCUGAUCCCCGAGCUGCACCUAAACGCUACAUCCAUCCGGCCCAAUGGCUCACAGCUCUGCAUCACCCUGCCCAGCAGCGGCAAGUGCAGCUCCCUUGACGAGCUGUCCGGAGGCAGGACCGGCCGCUGGAGCGCCUCCCUCCUCAGCUCCAACGGUGUAUGCUGCCCCGUCAGCCGUGGACGUACCACACCCCCGGCAACACCCAAGGGCGCCUGUCAGACGUGCAUCGUGUACGACAUAUUGGGCCCUGAUGGUACGGCAGCAACCACAAAGUACGACUUUUUUACCCGCAACAGCUGCGCCCUGCCCGAGCUUCAUCCAGAGGACGCCAAGAAGUAUAAGAACUGCUGUGACUGGGACGGCGCCUAUGUAUCGAGCAAUUUCGAUAACUUCCGUGGACCCAACGGCACUGUGCUAAGUGGCUUUGAGAGGCCCUUUUGCAACCGUACAAGUCUGCGUGUGUGCGGCACGCUGACCAGCCCUAAAGCUGCCCGACAAAUGCUUAAACCGAGGAGCGACAAUCCUUUUUACUCUGACUUGCCCUUCUUCUUCGACGUUACGGAUGACUCGUACCCCAUGGCUAUCUACGACAGCACUCUGCGGGUGUACACGACCGAGCCCGGAAGCGACAAGCUAGACACCAAGUGCUUCCCUAUCAAUGACACGUGGCCGUACGUGUAUUCUGCCCCUAGCCGGGAGGACUACUAUGUGUACUAUCCGGACAUGCCGCAUUUCCCGAGCGAAGCUGACAAGUGCCAGUCGGACCCUGGCGUCACUCCCUUCACCGUGGAUCCCUACCUGCAGGUCAUCUGGGCCAACACAACUAACCUGAGCAACUCGACUGACCUGUACUGCAUCACCCUUGCUACAGCCGAGCCUGUCAAUGCAUCAUCGACUUGCGGCAAGACGAGUAGCAUCUCCCGCGUUUCGCUUUGGAUGUACGAAGACUGGAAGCAGUACUACCUUGGAGCUUACUUGGUGACAGGGGCUGGCAGCAGCGGCUACGUUCAGAAGCAGCUAGAAAUGACGUGGGGUCCUACUGGCGACAACGCCAUGAUCAUCUCCCUUCCUAACGGCUUGGAUGUCCCAACGGUCAACGCCACACAACCCAAGGUCUGCGUGGAAGUAGCAGCAGACGGUAUCCCUCUUUGGUCCGGCGCGAUGGAUUCGCUGGGUUAUGUGUGGACCGCGCUAUAUGACGAGAGCGGAAAAUGCUGCCCGACCUACUACACAAACCGCUAUUAACAGAUUCAUUUCACCAUAUCAUUGCGACCACCGGCGGAACAUGCUGGUAUGAGCAGUAGCCUUGCGCUCACAACUGAGAGUAGUAGGGAGGGACGGGAGCGGGGCACUGGUUGACCCGACAGGAUUGAUGCUGUCUAAUCCGUUGCUUGAGCGGUCGUGUCGGUUGGCAUUUUGAUGAAAUGCAGGUCGUUUCUCCUGACGCUGUUCAUUGUAACUUCUUGCUCGACAAUUCGUGUUUUUGCUCGGGGAUCUUCGUCCCAUGGGCCUUCACCCAAUGAGCUACUCAUAUGCCCCUCACCUUGAAAUGUGGUAUCAUGCUUUAUGGGUUACGCGCCUGUUUGUAUCAAUGGUUAUUAUAUGCUUGAAUUGUCACCACUGUCGUCUGCCGCCCUCUGCGUGGCCAAAGGGAUCGGUCAUCCAUUGCAUUUGAUCCAUGAUACUUUGGUGGAGUCUUUCUACAUGGAAUUGUCCAGAGGAAGGAAGGUGAUCUGACUGUUCAGGCCAAGCGAGUGGCAUAAACGGUAAAGACCUAGGGAGUUUCCUUUGUGCCUACAUGCGGUGUGGGAAGUGCGUAUACUCAUGACAUGUCGGACCACGUGACAGGGCUUGCGACGUACUUUCCUGUGAGCCUUGUAAUGACAACUAUUUAUAAAAUUAUCUGUACUGCCUGGGUAUGCCGUUCCCGAUGAAGUUCAGUGCUUUUCGUUGUCCAUUUGUCGUAUGCUGAUUUCCUACUGAUCGAAGUAGCUACUACUGGUAGUGUUUUCUAAGACACCUGCCCGUACCCAUUGCUUUUCCUUGGCCUCUACUGUAACGUGACGCGUUACGUAUGCCAUUCUCUAUUAAUUAAUGUAAUCGGUUAGGGCGGUUACCCCGCUGAGAAUCGUACAUGCCGUACAGCCCGCUACUGGGCGCUCUGUUCUGUUCUGUGCGUGUGUCCCGUGAAGGCGGACAUAAGGGAGUCAGUGGCCCUUUCACACCUUACUUAUUGACUCUACACGAUCACGUAUCGUUGCAUCUACGGAACCUAAAAUCGGCUGGUGCUUAUUCGAUGGCGCCUGUUUUCAGGCAUGAUUGGUUCGCGGGGGUUCUGAUAAUCAAUCUGGCGCCAAACACCCCAACUCUUCUAUUCGUACAGUCACCACGUAACACGUCGCAAUCCCAUGCUCUAUGUCUCAUAUUAGACCCACGUUGCAAGUCGUAAACUUGCCGCGCCAAGUGCCGACACUGGUAUGUG